AUGGAUGACGCUGCCGUCCUCAAGCGACGAGGUUACAUCAUGGGCAUAAAUUUGGGAGAGGGCUCCUACGCUAAAGUCAAGUCCGCUUAUUCUGAACGCCUCAAGUUCAAUGUGGCAGUCAAGAUCAUUGACCGCAAGAAAGCCCCCGCAGACUUCUUGGAGAAAUUCCUUCCCCGGGAAAUUGAGAUUCUGGCCACACUCAACCACCACUCCAUCGUCAAGACCUAUGAGAUCUUUGAGACUUCCGAUGGUAAGGUCUACAUUGUGAUGGAGCUCGGGGUCCAGGGCGACCUCCUGGAGUUCAUAAAAAUUCGAGGUGCCCUGCAUGAGGAUGACGCACGCAAGAAGUUCUACCAGAUCUCCUCGGCUAUCAAGUACUGCCACGACCUGGACAUCGUCCACCGCGACCUCAAGUGUGAGAACCUUCUCCUGGACAAAGACUUCAACAUCAAGCUCUCUGACUUUGGCUUCUCCAAGCACUGCCUGAGGGACGACAGUGGUCGGCUGACCCUGAGCAAGACCUUCUGUGGGUCUGCAGCGUAUGCAGCCCCCGAGGUGCUGCAGGGCAUCCCCUACCAGCCCAAGGUGUAUGACAUCUGGAGCCUGGGCGUGAUCCUCUACAUCAUGGUCUGUGGCUCCAUGCCUUACGAUGACUCCAACAUCAAAAAGAUGCUGCGCAUCCAGAAAGAGCACCGGGUCAACUUCCCUCGCUCCAAGCAUUUGACUGGUGAGUGCAAGGACCUCAUCUACAGAAUGCUGCAGCCAGACGUCAACCGACGGCUGCAUAUUGACGAGAUCCUCAGCCACUGCUGGGUGCAGCCAAAGGCCCGGAGCCUGCCCUCCCCAGCUGUAAAUAAGGAGGGGGAGACUUCCCGAGCCGCUGAUGGCACAUGGACCCCAGAUCCCACCUCUGACAAAGUGUCUGCCACAAAGCUGGAGCCAAAAGAGGAGGAUGGGCCCAAGAUGGGCCCCAAGGAGACAACAACGGCAGAGGUGUCAAGGCAGCCAGAGACGCUGGGCUUUGUGGGCGAGCAUCCAACCGGUGAGACAGAGGAGGGGAGCCCCCAAGUCUCAAAGCAGCCUUCAGAGACACACAACCAGUGA